AUGUUUUCUAGAUUCCUCCAUAAAUCAUUACUACAAGUUGGAACUGGGCAUGGGUUACUGUACAUGCUGAAAUUAGAUUUGGAAGACAUAAAAAUUAAUAGUUUACCUUAUUAUGUUCCCACAAGUGUUAUAUCUAAAGCUGUUGGGAUAUCACUAGAUCAUGUUGUAGUUGUUAGAGUCCUCCAUCAACCCUAUUCUAAUGGAAAGAGAUUGUUAGUGGUGUACGCUAAUGAUGAGCCUAAAGAUGAACAUUCCGAUGAUAAACUAGAGCUUGAAGAAGAAUAUAAGGAAAUAAACUAUAUUUCUUGGGUGCCUAAUAAUGGAUUAGUUGUCGCCGUUGGUUAUGUAGAUGGUGAUAUGAUGUUGUAA